AGGCCUGCCUAAACUGCUUCCCCGUUCUUACCGGCCCAACCACGAACCACUCCUCCCACAGAGAAAUUAUCCGACGGCCUGCUCUUCCCGGAGCUCCGACGGAAGCCACCCCCAGGAAUACCCACCGGCGACGGGAGGCGGCGGCCGGCGAUUAGAAGCGAUGGCGUUCACGAUGCGAGCGGUGAAAGUGCCUCCGAACUCGGCCUCGCUGGAGGAGGCGCGGCACCGCGUCUUCGAUUUCUUCAAGCAGGCAUGCCGCUCCAUCCCCACCGUCAUGGAGAUCUACAACCUCGACGACGUCGUCACGCCCUCGCAGCUCCGCUCCACCAUCGCUAAGGAGAUCCGCAAGAACCAGAACGUCACCAACCCCAAGGUUAUUGAUAUGCUUCUGUUCAACGGGAUGGAGGAGCUGAACAACAUAGUUGAACAUGCAAAGCAGCGCCAUCAUGUCAUUGGGCAGUAUGUGAUCGGCCAAGAGGGCCUGGUGCAUGACCUUGGGUCAAAGGAUCAAGGGAACUCCGACUUCCUGAAGAAAUUCUACACAAGCAAUUACUUUUGAUCUGAGUUGCAGAUUUCCACCAUCUGGAAUACUCAGGGUGGUGCUCUGAAUAAGACACUGAGGACCUGCCAGCAUCAGUUGUUUCACAAUCCUCUGUUCAAUAUAAUAUUGCUGUUAGCUAUUUGCUUUGUUGCACUUACCAAAUUGAUGUUUAUGAGUCGAUUUGAUUCUACAAAGAUUGAACAUUCUUGAGUCCUUUCUUCUGUGAGCACUGAGCUGCAUGACAGGGUUCGAAACUUCGAAUGGACAAAAAAGAAUGUGUUGUGGUUCUACCUUCCUCGUGUUAACAUCAGAUGAGUUUGUACUGUGCACUUUUCUGGAGUUUUAGCUUCUGUUUCCUAGUGGGCGAAUUGGCCACAAGAAAGGACAUGAUAUUUAAAA